GCCAUUCCUCUCGCAAAUUGAGCUCUUCGCCUCUAAUACUGCUCAAAAUCUAUCUACCGUAGUCAGUGAGGCUUUCCUUGCGUAUUCAGCGCGAUUGUGCAGAGCUCGUUGCACACUCUUCUCCUACAAAAUGGCAUCCAUGACAGCCGCAACCACUUCCGCCCUGCAGGUAGGAAGCAUCAGCUCAGUGUCCAGGACCACUGUUCCCAAGUCCGCAUCCGUCAGUUUGGGAUCGUCAGCAAGUCUGAGGGGCCUGAGAUUGAGGGCUGCCCCCGCACCACGACUCCGAUCGACACAACCGUUCGCUAUCCGUGCCGAGGAUGGCUCAGGAAUCGUGGACUCUGUCAAGGAAGGAGCCGAUCAGGUUGCCAAGAAUGUUCAGGAUGGAGCCAACAAGGCUGGCGAAGUUGUCUCAGAUGCUGCCUCAAAUGUCAAGUCCGGAGCACAGAAUGUCGUGGAAACCGUGAAGGACAAGGCUGGAGACUUGACCGGACAGGCCAAGAGCGCCAGCAAGGAUCUCGGAAGCAAGGCUGAAGACGUCAAGGACAGCGUCAAGGAGGGUACUGACAAAGCUACCAGCAAAGCACAGGAAGCUGGAAAGGAUCUCCAGGGAAAAGCUGAGGAUGCUACGUCGUCUGCCCAGUCGAGCUUUAAGGACGCUUCGAGGCAAGCAGAGGGAUCCGUCAGAGAUGUUUCGAAGUCUGCUCAGUCAGGAUUAGACGACGCUUCGAGCAAGGCCAAGUCCGGUAUCGAUGACGCAUCCAGGAAGACAGAGAAGGCCGCCAACGACCUCAAGAAUUAGAGGGAGAAGCUCAAUCUGUCGACAACGCCGGUGUCCUGAAACAUGUGCAAUAGCCAUAGCCAGAUUCUGUAUAAUGUGUAGAGAAUUUCCUGAUAGAGAGUCAGUCGAUGUAGACUAUUCGUCCGUAAUGCGACGUUUUGUACAUUCUAUGAUGCAAUCAAUCAUGAAGA